CCCAUAUGCUCUCUACAUUCAUUUCCCAAAUCAACACUACUCUCAGAUCUCUAUCUUCUCUUCCUAGCCCUCACCAACCCCCAAUCAUCCAAACCCGCCACCACUUCAAUUUCUUCCUUCGCCCUUCGUCUUCAAGAUGCAGUAGUGCUUUCUCUCUUUCUCCAAGACACCCAUUUAAAUAGUAGUAUAUACAUACAUAUAUAUAUAUAUAUAUAUAUAUUACAUAGAGCAAAUCCUGCACUCUUUUGGCUGUUGGAAAACUAGCUAGCUGGCUAGGGUUCAUCAGAAAAUUAAAAAAUCCAUUAUAAUUGAUUUCUGGCGUGCUAAUCAUAUCUGAGGACUGAUAUGAUGGAGCAUUGGGUAAUAGGCGGAUGUUGGGUUUUGAUGGUAAUGGGAGGAUGGUGUUGGUACUGCAAGUAUCAGAGGGAGAAGAAAAGCAUGACGAUGAAGAAGGAUGAAGAUGCAGUGGCAGUGGUAGGUGGUGAUAAGGCCGUCGGUGUACUUCCGAGGGGGAGUUGUGGGUGGCCAUUCAUAGGGGAAACUCUGGAGUUUAUCGCUUCUGGAUAUACCUCUCGACCCGUCUCCUUCAUGGACACCCGCAGAUCCCUGUACGGGAAGGUGUUCAGAAGCCAUCUGUUGGGAACACCCAUCAUAGUGUCGACGGACCCUGAGGUGAACAAGGUGGUAUUGCAGAACCACGGCAAUAUUUUCAUCCCUUCUUACCCCAAAUCCAUCAGAGAACUUCUGGGCAAAUCCUCCAUCCUUCAAAUCAACGGCAGCCUCCAGAAAAGAGUGCAUGCACUCAUCGGUGGCUUCUUGAGAUCUCCCCACUUCAAGGCCCGCAUCACCCGCCACAUUCAAACCUCCGUCAUCCCCUCCCUCACCGCCUGGAACAAGCACCACCUUAUUUACGUCCAACAACAAACCAAAAAGAUUACGUUCGAAGUGCUGGUUAGAGUGCUGAUGAGUGUUGGCCCUGGUGAAGAUUUGGACUUCCUCCAGAGAGAGUUUGAAGAGUUCAUCAAAGGCUUGAUUUGCGUACCCUUUAAAUUUCCAGGCACUAGACUGUAUAAAUCCUUGAAGGCAAAGGAGAGGUUGUUGAAGAUGGUGGGAAGGAUUGUGGAGGAGAGAAAGAUGGCAAUGGAGAAAAGAACAGAGGAGGAGAAGGUCGGCCAAGCCGUUGACGCCGUGGAGGCGCUGCUGCGGGACACCGGCGAUUCAAACGAGACGCAACACCUGCCGUUGGAUUUCAUCACCGGCAACAUUAUCGAGAUGAUGAUCCCCGGCGAGGAGACCGUCCCCAUGGCCAUGACUCUGGCUGUCAAAUUUCUCAGUGACUGCCCCGUCGCUCUACAAAGACUCAGGGAGGAAAACAUGGAACUGAAGAAACAGAAGACAAAGUCGGGCGAUGAGUAUAGUUGGACAGACUACAUGACAUUGCCUUUUACUCAAAAUGUGAUCGAUGAGACCCUCAGAGUUGCGAAUAUCAUAAAUGGGGUGUGGAGAAAAGCUGUCAAAGACGUAGAAAUCAAAGGUCAUUUGAUACCGGAAGGAUGGAGUGUGUUGGCAUCUUUUAUUUCUGUGCACAUGGACGAGGAGAACUACGACAACCCUUGCGAUUUUGAUCCUUGGAGAUGGGAGAAAAAGAGAAGUGGGGUGAACAAUAGUUGCUUUACCCCGUUUGGAGGAGGGCAGAGGCUAUGCCCUGGUUUGGAACUUUCCAGGCUCGAAAUCUCUAUUUUCCUUCAUCAUCUUGUCACCACCUACAGGUGGGUGGCGGAGGAAGACGAGAUUGUCUAUUUCCCAACCGUGAAGAUGAGGAGGAAGCUGCCCAUCACCCUCGUUCCCCUUCCUACUUCAUCAUGACCUCUCUCUACGCAUCUUCCACCCCUCUAAACUAAACUGAUGAUGUAUACCUUGCCUAUUGUUACUCUAACAUCUCUCUCUCUCUCUCUCUCAUAUAUAUAUAGAUAUUAUUGGACAUGCAUGGGAUCUAUCCUCUCAUACGUCGUCGGUGCAUGCCCCCACACACACCCACCACAUAUAUAUGUUAUGUUAUGUAGUGCGCAUGAAUUAAUGGACAAGUCAUUGUGGGAUUUAUAUUA